AUGUUGAUUACUCUUUUAGAUAUUGCCUUGUUAGAAUUUGCUGAUGGUGAUUCUCCCAUGUUGCUAAUUGUGGGCAUUGUAUUACAGAGGUUUUAUAUGGUUAAACCUUGUUCCAAGGAGAUGAAAUGUGAUGUGGAGUUAAGUACAUAUGCUAUUAGAGACAUGGAAGAGUAUAAGAAUUUCUGUGAUCGACCAAAGGAUCAACGUCCACUUCCAGAAGAAGUGAUUCGGGAGCAUGCUGAAAUGUUAAUUUCUAUGAAGUGGUAUGGUAGAUUUAAAAUUAUAUCUAUGGUAUUGGAGCUGUAGGCCUUUUUGUGAUCAACAAAAGAAAAGAAAUUUCCACUUGGCUGAAAGUAAUCUGUUUAUCAUGAUUGUUUAGAGAUUUUACU